AGAGGCCUCUUUUUCUUUUCCUGGUUAAAUAAAAAAAAAAAAAAUCCCUUGAGACUUUUCAUAAACAUCUCAAGAAGAGCUUUGCUGUGAAAUCUCAACAACGAUAUGGUCUCAAAUUGUAAGAAAGCAAGUCAUACAGAUUUGAACUGACAUGAGAGUGAUUAAAUGAUUACGUACAUUUUUGGGUGAAAAAUCCCUUUAACCCCAGCAACAAUGGAAUUACCCAAUAACCACCGUCGGCAUAACAGCAUGGAUGAUCCUCCCAACAUGCUAAAGCCACAGCCUCUACCACACAGACCAACUCUGAUUGAUCCAGGUCCUCCAAAACGGUUCUGUCUACAUACAGAUAAAAAAGAUCUUGAUGACAAUGGAAAAUUGAGAAAAUGGACUUAUGGGAUGAAAGACACCAGUAAACCAAAUAAAAUCAUUCUGCUGGUGGGAGAGACCGGCGCUGGUAAGACGACUCUCAUCAACAGCAUGGUCAACUACUUACUGGGAGUGAAGUUUGAGAAUGAAAUAUGGUAUGAAAUAACAGAAGAAGAAGCCAGAGAUCAAUCAGAAUCACAAACCUCUGAAAUCACCAUGUAUGAGGUCUUUCCUAUAAGGAGUCCCAUAUCUCUCACCAUCAUUGAUACUCCAGGCUACGGAGACACUAGAGGACUGGACAAAGAUCUGGAAGUUGUUGAGAAUUUAUCUGCACUGUUUCAGAGCAAUGAUGGAGUUUGUGAAGUUGAUGCUGUGUGUUUUGUGAUUCAGGCAUCUAAGAAUCAUCUCUCAGACAGACAGCAUUACAUUAUCAGUUCAGUUAUGUCUUUGUUUGGUAAAGACAUUGUGAACAACAUUGUGUUUUUAUUCACACACUCUGAUGGUCUGCCACCCAAAAAUGUCAUCGGUGCGAUUAAUAAAGCUAAAAUCCCCUGCAGACGAGACAAAAGCGGCCAACCUGUUCAUUUCCUGUUUAACAACAGACAGACUGAAGGCCGUCACACUAAAGAACGUCACAUUCGUGCUCAAAGAGACGCCUGGGAAGACAGUGUGGAUGGCAUGAAGCAUUUCCUUCAGUCUCUGAAUGAAAUGAACAGAAGAAGUUUAGAGAUGACUUCAGAUUUCCUGAUAGAGCGAAUUCGAUUUGAAGCCUUUAUCUGCAACGUAACGCUGCAAAUUCAAGAAAAGGAGCUGAAAAUAGCUGAAAAACACCAGAUCCAGGAGGCAAUGAUGCAAAACAAGGAAAAGAUUGAUGAGUGUAAAAACUUUACCAUUAAAGUAAAAAAGACUGUCAAAGAGAAGGUGCCCAUUGAGAGCAAGUCAUGGAAAAACAGGAAGGCGAUUACCUGCACCGUCUGUGAGGAAAACUGUCAUGAGUUUGACUGCUGGCGGGUUUAUGAUCCCAGCAAAUGUGAAGUCAUGAAAGACGGCUACUGCACCGUGUGCACAGGGAAGUGUCAUCACAGCAAACACCUCAAAGAAGACAAGAAAUAUGUCAUCAGAACAUCAAGCACUACAAUAGAAUUUGACUCUAUAAAAAUGGACUAUGAAAAAGCUCAAGAACAAACUAAAAUGUUUUUGUUUUUAAUGCAACAUAUUGACAAAGAUCUGAAGGAUAUUGUAGACCAAAAGUCAAGUCUUCUGUCCGAAGCUUACCAGACCAUCAAGCAUCUGUCUCAGAUCGCAUUAAAACCAGACUCUGCGUUCACUCUUCAGCAUCUGGACUUCUUCAUCCCCAGAGUGAGGGAGGCUGGGAAAGAAGACUGGGUGCGAGAGUUGGAGGAAAUGAGGAGAAAAGCUGUAACUGAAGAAGCAAAUAAAGAUGCUCUGAGUUAUCUGAAAGCUGGCCUGGCAAAACGUUUCCUGUCUCAGCAAUGAUUGAAUCCAGUACAGUGAACAAUGAAAGUAGAAACCCGCUUCUUUCAAUGAUAAAUCAAUGCUGUUCACUGACUGUGCACAGGUGCAUCUACAGAACGUCUAUAAACCAGAGGAUUCUUUUCGUUACACUAAACAGAUUUCAGCUAUUUUAAUUUUGUAUAGUAAAGGUCACAUUAAAAAAUUGUAAACAAUUUCUUAAAAUAUGGAACUGCACCAUCAAAUUUUGAUAUAAUAUGUAUUAUGUUUAUACCAUUGUAUACUAUUUUAAAUUCAUAUG